CCUCCUCCCUCUCGUAAUUUGUCCUAUUCUGGACUAUUUUCCUGGGUAUAGGCUUACUUUCUAACAGACGUAAUAUUCAUAUCACAUUCUACGAGCUAUCCUCCUAAAAAGAUACUAAAGCACUAUGAUGUGUCCUCAGGCAUCCGCAUAAAAAACGGUGUACAUAAGGGGAAAGUUGAUAUUGGUAAACUGUCUGUGUUUAAACAAGGGUCUACGAUACUGAGAUUUAUUCACAGCUCACUCUUUUUGACGUUGUCAUCAACUUCAAAUAUUUCAACACCACAAAUGUCUACCAUUCUGAUAGAGUCUUUUUGCGUCGUCAUUCUCCUGGAGAUAGGUAAAAAAUUCUUGACUUGCGGCACUCGCUCGUUCUUCAUGGUAUCAACUUUAAGACAGGUAAAGGUCUCCAGGGCUUGAUCAAUAAGACAAAAGAGAACAAAAACUACGAUGCAGCGCGAAAACUUGAAAUUUUAUGUAUGAAGUGCACUGAGUACAUUACGAAUAACGUGGAGGACAGAAUUCUAUAUUCUCAUUUCGCGCUUGCUUUUCCAUGAUAGACGCAUUUCAGGUCACCGAUUUGUCGGUACUUUUAUAUUGUUAUGCAUGAGCAGUUGUUUGUCGCUCUUGCGAUACUUAUUGAGGGAAUGAACCCUUAUUAGUAUUAUCAUUCUUAUGCUUGUCAUAUUAAGAAAUUCAGAUAUAAAUAGCAUGGGCAAACUUAUGGGUUUUGUGCUUAAUUUGUAAGUAACAAAACUUUUAGGGCUAUCUAAUAUCCUAUAAAAGUUGAGAUGAUAAAUUAUGCUUCGAUCGGAAGCUCUAUGCCCCUUUUCUUCAUAGUCCGCAUCUCUUCCUAAACGUCGGUUCCUAUAUCACUCUGUACAAUGGUAUUCGACAUAUAAACAUUAAACAGUGUCAUGUUUAGAAAGAGGUGAGAACAGGGAAAACUCUCAAACACAUUUCAGGAUGACAAUGAAUAGUCCAUAGCGUGUUCUGUAGGUAGAACACACGUACUUUGUCCUAAAUUCCUUUUGGUUGUACAAAUACCAUCCUUCAUAUUUCCGUUUUAUCCACACUUUUGUAUUCUUUAUUGCGCACAUCUCAUAGUGUCUCCAAAAUAUCAAUGAGGAAAAAAAAUAAGGACCGAAGCUCCGUGCAAGAGCGGAACGAUAGUGCGACAGCAGAGGUGUCCCAAUCAAAGCAAUGUUCAUUUUUCAAAGAGCCUCCACAGGCUCAUAACGAUUUGUUGCCUUUUAGUGAUGUCAUGAAUCGCUACGGCGGCAGACCGUAUGGUGCAUACAAUUCCAUAUACGAUAGAAAAUAUGAGGAAUGGUUAGAAAAAAUUCCUCCACCAUCCAUCCUGUCUGAGAUAAAGUCAUUUUUAGUCAAUGAUGGAUAUGCUUUAUUUUCAAACGAGACAAAAAACUCGCUACUUUCGGCUAUUGUUGGAAGCGAGAAUGAUGCUAGUAAUGAGGUCGCAAGAUCUCUCAUUUCACGCCUGUCAAACAAAAGCCUCCAGCAGUGGUGGUGGCGGGACAUUGCAGAGCGAUACCCAAGCACUCCAUUGUACCCUUUUUAUGAGAUUACUUUUGAGUACCCCGACGAUAGCAUUUUAGACGACGCUUCGGCGAUUAGCAAAGAAGCCGAUGCCGAUUCCCCCCCAGUGGCGGCUCCUUCUGAGGAAUGCGUUCGGGUCGCGGCGAUGAUUCGACGAAUUAUUUCGGCCUACGUCCAUUGCUCGAGCGUGGCGUCCUUGGUAGAUUGUGAGCUCCUGCCCGACGUGGAGCGGCUUCUCUCACACGCUGUGUAUAGCAAAGGCUACGGUGGUCCUCAAUCCGCGAAAAACGACACGGCCUUUGUGCGAAGUGCCUCGCCCGAAGAUGUCGGCAGGGAAUUUAUGAAGCCAAACGAGCCUCGAAGCCUCUUUGUGGUGCAUCAGACGGAUUUUGCCGACCACAUUAACGUCUGCUGCGGGGAUUAUUACUACCGGCUUCGCGUUGUGGAUCGGCAGGACGACGAGGCGUUGGUCCCGGCGCACGUGUUAGAAAAUGGGCUGGAGGCCAUACGCCGCCAUGCCCGCGCGCGGAAGGCGAGCAUGGUGGAGUUCGAGGCGCGAGCUGACGAAAAGGAGCGUCGGGUGGCCCUGGGCAGGCUGCUGGGCCGCCUGUCGACGCUGCACGACGACGUCUCGGCCGACCUGCGCCGCCGCCUCCGUGAGGUGAGUCCGGUCAAUGCCUACACCCUAGACCAGCUCGAAUCGGGGCUCUUCACAAUCGUUCUGCGGGACGGCGAGGCGGCAGAAGAGGGGUCGGAGUGGCUGCACUCGAUCCUGUCGUUUUACAUCGGCUGGGGCCGACCGAGGCAGGUCCGCGUGCGAUCCCACGCUUCCAUGGUGAGUUUUGGGAGUUUUGGUCGAUUUCUCGCGGCUGCGCUCGACACGCCGGGGCAAGUAAAAGGCAAGCCCACGAGCGCCCCAUCCUGUGAGGUGGGCCCCUCGUUGUCCCCACCCGGCGGCCAGCCAAAAGCCAGCCACGUCUUACAAAGGGGAGAACCCAAACGACAAUGGAAGGAGGAAUCCUCGCUGUGCGUAUCACUGGAUAGCGCCGAGGUUGCCUGUUAUCUGGAGCUGUGGCUCCCCCUUCCCGCGCCGGAUGGCCCGCCGCUGAUUCUGCCGCAUACCCCAGCGCCCUCAUUUUCGCCUUGGAUGCCGUUAGGCCUGCGGGGUGGCCCCGUGAACGCGCGAUUGUGGACGGUUGCCGAGCUCUCGCUUUGCAUUUUGCUCGCGGUUCAGUCAGUAAUCCCGCCCGACGACGGGAAUUCAGCCCAAUCCACCCACCCCACGGUGGGCGAAUGGCCAGGGCGCCCGAUGGUUUAUCUCGUGAUGCUGCAUGAUCGGCAUGCCGCCCCAACCGUAAGGCGGCUCUACUCAUCCGUGGUGGAGCGUUUUAUUCAGGUGUAUCGAAGCCAAUCGUACCUGUUGUUCGGAGACGUCCGAACGGCCGCGCGGCGAGCCGCAUUGCGCUCGGUCAACGAAGAGCUCCAAUCCUGCUUCACAGCCUCGCAUCCCCUAUUUCCUAUGGCGUCUAGCCUAGCAAAUUCCGGCGUAGACGUAGAAAUGGCGGAUGUGUGCAUUACGCUGUGUGUGGUACCCAGGCGGAAUACUUUCUCGCACGCAGGACGGUGCGCUGGCACUUCUGAGACACGACUCAAAUGGGGCACAAGCUACGCCGAGCUGGCUAUUCCAGCUCGAGUGCGUGUUCAUCUUUGCGUACAAGCCGACAAGGAAAUGAAGAAAGUUAUCCUUGGUGAUUGUGUUUGCAAAGAUGCAGAAGUGAGCCAUGCACUCAAAGAGGAGCAAUUUGCCAAUUGCUUCUACACCUGUCUUUCUCAGGAAUCUUAG